AUGCCCGCCGGUGACGUUACACCUACAGCAUCAGCGCCGGCCUCACCCAAAUCGGAGGCGAUCCACCCUUACUUUGACUACCGCGCCGAGCGAGCUCAUCUCAAUGUGCGCCCUCGCAUUGGAUGCAGAUUACUUUGAUGAACCGACACUGACAAGCUGCCACACCUCUCACAGGACCAAGGUGCCUUUACGGCCGAACUACACACGGCCGGAGCGCCGCCCGUGCUCACUUCGCAGGCCUCGCUCGAGGCGCUCGAGGCGCUCAACCCCUCCGCCGCCUCCGCUACGGUCCUGUCGUCGUCCUCGGCCUCGUCGUCGCAUUCCCGUACACGUUCUCGCUCGAUCCCCUACGACGACCUCACCUCACCCCGUAUUGCCAGCCUUGGACUCGGGUUGACCUCGGUCACGCCUUCGAGUCCGACCGCUUCGUCCUCGGGGGCGAGCCAGACGGGUUCCGCCUCUACGAGCCUCAACCGAGGCAGGAAGAACAGGGACAGUUUCAUCACCGACCAGCGACCACCUUUGCUCAAUCAAGAGUUGGAGAAUGCCGAGGAGAUUGACGAAGGUUUCACGGCGGGUGCGUAAUCCCUGUCCAUCCCUGCUCUUUCCCGUUGCCGCUCGUGGGCCCCCACUCCUCGAUUGGUUCAGGGAAGCUGACGGCAUACACGCUUCACCCCCCAGCCGACCCAACGGAACACAUCACCGCCGAGCUACAAUCCCUUUACAAAGGCUUCCAGCGAGCCAUCGACCUACGACAAAAGUACAUGACCCUGUCCCGCCAGCGCCUUUCGGACAACCCAGCCAACUACGACGGCGUGUACCAACCCGACGACGAGGCCCCAUCCAACGCGACACCCAAAUUCAAGCCUUGGAAGAUCCAUCCUCCUCCACCGACUCCGCAUUGGAAGGAACGGGACCCGUAUUCGGAAUCGACUGAGACGACCGAGGAGAUUGCCGAGCGCGAAGCCGAGAGGCGCAAGUUCCGUUGGGACGAGAUUGAGAUCCCGUCGUUGGAGAUGGAGCGUCAGCUAAAGAAAUACAAGAUGGAUGCGACGGGAGUGUAUCAAGUCUACAACGAGACUAGUGGUGCGUGCGGCGCAACAAUUAUAGAGUCUGGCGGGCCCUCUGAUGAGAGUUGUGGUCAUAUUUGUACAGUCUCGGAAACGACCACGGAGGAUGAAUCGGAGACGGGGAAGGAAACGCCGCUCUAUGUCGUGCCAACGAUCAAAGAGUACUUCCAAGACCUUGACGAGAUCCUGGCCAUCAUCUCAGAUGGGCCGGCCAAAUCUUUCGCCUGGCGUCGCUUGCGCUACCUUCAUUCCAAGUGGAAUCUCUACGUGCUCAUCAAUGAGUACCGGGAAUUGGCCGAGCUCAAGGUUGGUAACAUGGAUGCAGCGUUAUGCAACACGCCCAGUUCUCAGACUGACCUCCUAUUCCGUUGGAUUCGUGCAGCGAGUAUCGCAUCGUGACUUUUACAACGUGCGCAAGGUCGAUACCCACGUACACCACUCGGCGUCGAUGAAUCAGAAGCACAUGCUCCGGUUCAUCAAAAGCAAAAUGAAGCGCUGCCCGAAUGUGAGAGCGAUUUAUUAGUCGUUGCCUCCGUUUGGCCACUCACAUUGUUGUCACUCGAACAGGAGGUCGUCAUCUACCGAGACGACAAGUAUCUCACGCUCCGACAGGUAUUCGAAUCGCUCAACCUCACCGCGUACGACCUUUCAAUCGACACCCUCGACAUGCACGCUCAUCAAGAUUCAUUCCACCGCUUCGACAAGUUCAACCUCAAGUACAAUCCGCUUGGAGAGUCUCGCUUGCGUGAAAUCUUCCUCAAGACGGACAAGUGAGUGGGCUCUUCUCGUGAUGGAACAUACGGGACGCCAUGCUGACCUCGAAACCGGCUCUCAGCUUCGUAGAGGGUCGUUAUCUUGCCGAAAUCACACAAGGUUCCUAGCUCUUCUGGUCUUCUGAACACCUUCGAUUAAGCAUUGACCCAACCGGUUGUUGACCGUACCUUCGCAGAAAUCAUCAACGACUUGCAACACAGCAAGUACCAGAUGGCCGAGUAUCGCAUCAGUAUCUAUGGUCGGUGAGUAGUGUCGCGCAUAAGAGUUCUCCGUGCUCAUUCGUGCUUACGAUCGGUCCAACUCGCCAUUGUAGAAACGUCAACGAGUGGGACAAGCUUGCGAAAUGGGUCGUCAAAAACGAGCUCUUUUCGGACAACGUACGCUGGUUGAUCCAGAUUCCUCGCCUUUACGAUGUGUUCAAGAAGUCCGGAGGUGUGACCUCGUUCGAGGAGGUUGUCCGGAGUGAGUCAAAGUUGUCCCAUUUGGGAGCUGAGCACGAGCUCACGAGAAUCCUACACCGGACCCACUGUUGUAGAUAUUUUCGAGCCCUUGUUCGAAGUGACUCAAGACCCGACGUCUCAUCCCGAAUUGCACGUCUUCUUGCAACGCGUCAUUGGCUUCGAUAGCGUCGACGACGAGUCCAAGGUCGAGCGCAGGCUGUACCGAAAGUUCCCCUUGCCCAAGGACUGGAACACUGCUCAGAAUCGUAAGCUGAGCUCUUUGGCGUCAAGCCUGGAGCUAUGCUAACAUUCUGGUAACACGUUUUUCUUUCGGCAGCACCCUAUGCGUACUGGCUCUACUACCUCUACGCCAACAUCACCUCCCUCAACAAUUGGCGCCACGACCGGGGCUUCAGUAAGCUCUGUUCACCGCUGCCCCCACCUGAAAUCCCGGAGUUGACCUGACCUUCUGUCCGUAGACACCUUUUGGCUUCGACCUCACGCCGGAGAAGCCGGUGAUACCGAUCACCUUACUUCGGCAUUCCUCACCUCUCACUCCAUCUCGCACGGGAUCCUCCUGCGCAAGGUCCCCGCCUUGCAAUAUCUGUUCUACUUGCAGCAGAUCGGGGUAGGUCCUUCGAGUUCGAUCGGAUUCUUACGAGCUGGUGAAGUUGACAUCGAAAAGUUGAGACUUUCAAUAGAUCGCCAUGUCGCCUCUGUCCAACAAUGCCUUGUUCUUGACCUACGAGCGUAACCCGUUCCCUGACUUUUUCCGCACCGGUCUCAACGUAUCGCUCUCGACCGAUGAUCCGCUACAAUUCCAUUUUACCAAGGUGCGACAAAGCAUCUCCUCCCAUUACCACUCCGUCGUAGCUGACCUCCACCAACCCCUUUCCCCACUCCCAGGAACCCCUCCUCGAAGAAUACUCCGUCGCCGCGCAAAUCUACAAGCUCUCCCCCGCCGACAUGUGCGAACUCGCACGCAACUCGGUCCUUCAAUCCGGUUUCGAGAUGCAAGUCAAACGACAUUGGUUAGGAGAUGAUUGGUACCGCCCUGGACCGGAGGGGAAUUAUAUCCACAAGACGAAUGUGCCGAGUUUGAGGGUCGAGUAUCGCUAUGCGACGCUGUUGGAGGAAAGGGGGAUGGUGAGCCGGCUGAGCGUUACUAUGUUUACGAGCGAGAAUUAGACGACUGACAUUCUUUUGGAAUGCACUUUCUAGAUCGCCCAAUCAAGAACCUUCGAUGCCGAGCCUAAACCGUCUGGAUCACAACGCCCCGAACAGAAUCCCUUGCCGACGCACGAGGCCUUGGGUGCCGCAGCGAUGAUUGGAGGACCCAAAAGCAUGUGA